AUGUCUCCUUCUGCUCUGCAAAGUGCACCCACUGGCUUGAAUAGCGUCAAGAUCUCAAUUCCAGAGCCGGGUAUCCUUUUGGUACUGAUCAAUAGGCCCCGGCAGCUGAAUAGCCUAAGUGUUGAAGCCGGGUAUGAGCUUGACUCUGCCUUCAAGUGGUUCGAUAAAGAGGCUAGCCUGAGAGUCGCAAUCUUGUCUGGAGUGGGCAAAGCAUUUUGUGUCGGCGCUGAUCUGAAAGAAUGGAUGGAAAACAACAAGAAAGGGGUGUCGAUGAACCUGCCGGAGACUGGGUUUGGUGGUGUUUCCUUUCGCCAUGGUAAAAAGCCAAUCAUUGCAGCAGUCAAUGGCCCUGCACUUGGAGGUGGCUGUGAGAUGGCUGUCAACUGCGACUUGGUGGUCGCAUCAGCUCAUGCCACCUUUGGCUUGCCCGAGGUCAAGCGCGGCGUCACACCGUUUGGGGGCGCGCUUCCACGAAUCAUGAGAACUGCUGGCCGCCAAAGAGCGACGGAACUGGCCUUGACGGGACGUGCUGUAACAGCGCAAGAGUUCAAGGAGUGGGGAGUGUGCAAUCGAGUCUGCGAGAAGGGGGCUGAUGUAAUAGCAGAGGCUCUUGAACUGGCCAAGAUGAUUGUCAAGAAUAGUCCGGAUGCUGUUAUUGUCACAAGAGAAGGGCUUAAGAUGGGAUGGGAGUCACUUGGUGUCGCUGACGCGAGUAGAUUAUUCCUUGAUGGGUGGUCUAGAAAGAUCUAUGAUACUGAGAACAUGCAAGAGGGAUUGAAUGCAUUCACAGAAAAGCGAGCCCCGCGAUGGAAGGACACACAUUAG